UGACUAAACUUCUUAUUCACACCUACAUGGUUUAUUAACAGGUGUUUGAUUUACCAAUCAAGUCAGCAUCUUCCGUUACAAAUCAGUUUGUAACACAUACAUAUAUAAUUGUGGUUUUAGGAAACUCAAUUAGUAAAUAUUCCAAUUUUUUGCAUUCUUAAAUUUUAUCCGUUGUAUAUGUAUACAAUGAAGUAGAGGCGUAAAAUAGCGGCGUAUCAAUAGCUGGUGGGAAACCAAUUGAAUUUAGCUACGUUGUGCGAAUGAAAAAUGAUCCCUCAUUCAACGAAUAAUAGGAAACGACACUAUCUAUAAUGGCACAUCAAUGUGGUUGUGGAGGAGCACAUAACGAAGGAGAAUUAGGAGUACAAUAUAAUUUAUAUGAAAAAAUUGAUAUAGAAAAUGUGGAAUGUCUGAACGAGUGUGAAGAAGCUAGCGGUGCUACUGUGUUUAAGCCAUGGGAGAAAAGAUUGGAUAAAAAUAAAUAUGUCGAAAGUGAUGUGGACAAUGAACUACUAUUUAAUAUUCCUUUUACAGGAAACAUAAAAUUAAAAGGUCUUAUUGUCAUUGGAGGUGAAGAUGAUUUUCACCCAAAUAAAGUUAAAUUAUACAAAAAUCGACCACAUAUGACAUUUGAUAAUACAGCUGUAGAACCUGAACAGGAAUUUGAACUAUGUGUAGAUACACAUGGAGUGCAUGAAUAUUCUCCUAAAGUGGUGAAAUUUUCAUCUGUACAUCAUUUAAGUCUACAUUUUACUGGUACCGAAAGGAGCGAAAAAAUAAAGAUUUACUACAUCGGAUUAAAAGGAGAAUGGUCACCUGGGCAUCAACACGGCGUUACUAUUUGUACUUAUGAAUUACGUCCGAUGGUAAGCGAUCAUAAACAAAAUGAUCACGAAGAUAUUGAUAGAGCAAUUAGUUGAUUUAAUAAUAAAGAGUUAAUUAAACUCUGUUAUUUAUCCUGCAUUAAGAAAGAAAAUUAUUCUAAGGAGUAAUAAAUAUUUAUAUUCAAAUGAA